CCUCGGGUCCGUAUCCGCCACCGCACGUCCCCCGCACUCUCAGGUGGUGUCAGCACCGCGUGAGAUCGCAGAAGACGCCCAGAAGAACACUCGGCGCACCACCGCGACUCGGCUCGCGCCCCGGACACGUCAACAACAAAAAAAGCCGCGCCACCAAUGGUCGCCAUCGAGGAAGGACUCACCCGGAUCAACAGCGCCCCGUAUGAGGCGCUCCUGCCCCGCCCGGACUCCCCGCCGUUGAGAAAGGCUGACCCCAACAAGGCCACCGUCGCUAAGUGGUCCGAGACGGCCGACAUCUUCGAGUACGGCGCCGCGGCCAACCCGGACAUGGCCCCGAUCCCCGUCCUCGUCCACCCCCCCUCGCUGCACGAGGAGGGCGAGACGCGCAUCAUCCCCUUCGACAUCAACGACUGCCUCGACAUCGAGACCGCGUGCACAUCCCCCAACCUCAUGGCCUCCUUCGUCCGCGUCCGCGUCGGCGAGUCCAUCGAGACCAAGGCCAACGCCACCUCUCAAGCCUUCUACGUCAUCCGCGGCACGGGCUCCACCUCCUCCGAGCACGGCACCGUCUCGUGGGGCGACGGCGACCUCUUCGUCGUCCCCGUCACCGAGGGCGCCCUCAAGCACACCUGCGUGGAAGCCGAAAAGGGCGGCGCCGCGCUCUACUGGAUCCACGACGAACCCCUCAUGGACUACCUCGGGGUCAAACCCAAUGGAAAGAAAUUCGAACCCACCUUUUUCUCGCGCGAGAAGAUGCUCGCGCAGGUGCAGGAGAUCUCGCACCAGCAGACCGAGGGCGAGCGCAACCGACUCGGCGUCCUCCUCGGUAACAAGGCGUGCGAUCAGACCAAGACUUUGACGCACGUCCUCUGGUCCCUCCUCAACUCCAUCCCGGCCAAGACUGUGCAGAGACCCCACAGGCACAACUCGGUGGCGCUGGAUUUGGCCGUCGCCGCGUCGCCCAACGUCUACACGCUGAUGGGCAAGGAGAUCGACGCGAACGGCGACAUCAUCGACCCGAUCCGGUGCGACUGGACCCCCGGCGGCGUCUUCAUCACCCCGCCCGGGUGGUGGCACUCGCACCACAACGAGUCGGACGAGGUCGCGUGGGUGCUCCCCAUGCAGGACGCCGGCUUGUACACGCACCAGAGGACGCUCGACAUCCGGUUCGUGGACGACGAGCUGGAGCUGCACAAGGCUGGCAAGAUCCGGGGCAGCGCGUUCGCGGUGACGAACAAGCAGUACAUGCACAUGGUGGAGUGCGGCGCGACCGUCCCGCACACGAGAGUCGCGGGGAUGAAGCGGGUGUGGAGCUUGCAGGAGGUGGAGGAGGAGGACCCGUCAUCCUCCGGCGACGCCGCGGCGCCCAAGAAGAAGACCGUCAAGAAAGUCGCCAGCUAUAGCAGGCUUCCCGCGAUGAAGGCUUCGUCCGUGGAGCCGUGACUUCGUCCGUGGAGUCGAGUCGUCGGGGGCUGGCUGGGCGUUUCGAUCGCCAGCCCCUGGAGUCGCUGCUUGCUAAAGGAUAGAUCCCUGAUUCAUUUUGAUACGAAAUACGUGAAGUCCCUCGAAAA